CAGCCUUCCACAAGUUGUUAUUAAUGUGGUUGGUUCUUCUCAAAGAGCAGGCUGAAAAAUUAUUAAAAAGUUUCCGACUGAUAUUGAAAAGUGUGAAUAAGAAUUUUGGUGUUGAAAAGGAGGCUGUGCAAUGUUUAAUGUACUGCAGCGUCUGCUGGGUGGAGAUGUGCCACCAAACAAAGUUGUGGAAAUCAAGAGCGAAUCCCUGGGCACUCUCCAGGUCCUGGCUCGCGAUGAUGCCAUGGUCCUGUUUGCCCCACCCUACAACAGCAAUGACAAGCGUGCUGUCUACGAGAUUAUCUUACAACGUCCCACCUCCGAUUCGAAUACCUCCUCGUUCAGUUUGUACCGCUCACCGUUGCAACAAGACGCCGAGGAGAAGUUCAACACUUUCAUGCAACGUCUGCCCAUCUUUGUUGGCAUCGUCAAGGAGUACUACAGUGUAAAUGGCUUGCAAAAGGUUUGCGAUGCUCUCUCAGAGAAUCCCUCGUGGACGCUGGCUCAUCUGGUAGCCUACUUUAAUCUCCUGGAGUAUAUCAGCAAUCCAAAAGUCGUGCAGUGCAUUGACAUUGCCGAUCACACAACACUCAUGUCGCCAUUUCAGUUGGCCAUCAAACAGGGUCACAUUGAAAUGGUCAAGGUGCUGUUGCCCUUCAGCAAAAUGGAACAUUUGGAUAUUAACAGCAACUCGGUGUUUCAUUAUGCAGCCAGCACAACCAAAGAGAUCAUUAAUCUGCUUACCGAUAACAAUACUGUGAACCUAAACCACCUCAAUUCGGAUGGAUAUACGCCGUUGCACUUGGCCUGUGUGGCCGAUAAGCCGGAAAAUGUCAAGGCCUUGUUAUUAGCCGGCGCCGAUGUCAAUCUGAAUGCCAAGAACAUAAGCAAACUGUACAAAACAUCCACUCCCACUUCGGUGGCUUCAUUUUUGCGUACAAAUGCCAGCAAACUCUACACGCAGGACAUGAAGUACGGCGGUACGCCUCUGCAUUGGUGCUCCUCCCGGGAGACAUUGCAUGCACUGAUCAUGGAAGGUUGCGAUGUCAAUGCCACCAACUUCGAUGGAAGAACCGCCUUGCAUGUGAUGGUGGCACGCAAUCGAUUCGAGUGCGUGGUUACUCUCUUGGCUCACGAUGCGGAUAUCGAUGUGCUGGAUAAUGAGGGAAAUGCUGCACUUCACAUUGCCAUUGAGAAGAAACUGGUGCCAAUUGUCCAGUGUCUGGUGGUGUUUGGCUGUGACAUCAAUCUGAAAAACAAGGAUGGAAAGUCGCCACGUCACAUGGUUGGCAAUGAUGCCAGUGGCAAUAAGGAGGAUGAAAUAUUAUACAUAUUGCAUUCGGUGGGUGCCAAACGUUGCUCCGACAGCAGCUCCAAGUGUCCACCCGGCUGCAAUUCCAAGGGCUCAUACAAUGGCAUUCCACCUGAAGCGCCAGAAUCUGUGGAACAGCGUGAACAUAUUGAGAAUAUGCUGGCGUCUACGAGUCGCCAAAUGGGAGGGUUCCUAGGCGCAGCAGCCAAUGGCUUAAUGGAACGCCAGAUGACACCACAAGUGCCCGUUGUGGUCGAUACAGAGAAGGAGCAAAAGGGUCAGAGCAUUAUGGAUGCCUUGCUAGGCAUGUUUACAACCAAAGUCAAUGCGGAAGAGAUCAAGAAGGACAACUUAGCGGGCAGUGUGGCCAGUCCAACUACCACGCCUCCCUCAGUCAGUCCAGAGCAAUUGCCAUCGCCCACAUCUCCCAUUGCUGCAGAGGUCGGUGAUAAGCCCUACGGACGUGGACGACUUCUCUGCUUGGAUGGCGGUGGCAUACGUGGCCUGGUGCUAGUGCAAAUGCUGCUCGAGGUUGAGAAGCUAUCGCGUACGCCCAUCAUACACAUGUUCGACUGGAUCGCCGGCACUAGCACAGGCGGCAUCUUGGCGCUGGGCCUGGGAUGUGGCAAGAACAUGCGUCAGUGCAUGGGACUCUAUCUGCGCAUGAAGGAGCAAUGUUUUGUUGGCUCUCGUCCAUAUAAUAGCGAAUAUUUUGAAGCCAUACUUAAGGAUAAUCUCGGCGAGUUUAAUGUUAUGACCGACAUCAAGCAUCCAAAGAUUAUGGUUACUGGCGUCAUGGCGGAUCGUAAGCCCGUCGAUCUCCAUCUGUUCCGUAACUACACCAGCGCCAGCGACAUUCUAGGCAUUGUGACUUCUAUAAGCAACCGACGUAUACCACCGCCCCAGCCCGAGGAUCAGUUGGUGUGGCGUGCCGCACGUGCCACAGGAGCUGCUCCUUCAUAUUUCCGUGCAUUUGGAAGAUUCCUCGAUGGCGGACUUAUUGCCAACAAUCCCACACUGGAUGCCAUGACUGAAAUACAUGAAUAUAAUAUGGCAUUGCGCAGUUCUGGCCGCGAAUCUGAAGCUGUGCCUGUUUCCGCAGUGGUUUCAUUGGGCACCGGCCACAUACCGGUGACCGAGCUCAAGGACAUUGAUGUGUUCCGUCCGGAAAGUAUCUGGGAUACCGCUAAACUAGCCUACGGCAUAUCUACUAUUGGUAAUCUACUUGUUGACCAAGCCACCUGCUCCGAUGGGCGUGUCGUGGAUCGAGCCCGUGCCUGGUGCAGCACAAUUGGUGUACCCUACUAUAGAUUCAAUCCGCAACUCAGCGAGGAUAUUGCAAUGGAUGAGAAGGACGACCAGAAGCUGAUCAACAUGCUGUGGCACACAAAGGCAUAUAUGCACACCAAUCGUAACAAAAUAAUCGAGAUGAUUAAUUUCCUAAAAUAGCGCGCAAGAAGGAUUUAGACCGCAUUCAGUUUAAUUGCUGCGUCACUUCUACUAUUUCAUUCUCUAUAUAUACUUUUUCUUUCUAAAUGUUCCCCGAUUAUCUGUAUAUACUAUCAAUAGUUUAAACCAAACACUUCUCAGCAUCUUUCCGCGGUCUAAAUCAGGACACACACACACACACACUCACACACACACGCAUACACCCUCACACACCAAACACAUAAAAGCUUCCCAACCCAAAAACCACAAUUUUUAACCACAAAUAAAUUAUUGCAAGUUUUAAAUUAAUGAUAGUGAAUAAUGAGGCUAUCAUCGCAUCAUUUACGCUUUGAAUAAUUUGUGUUAACUAACGGAUUGUUAAUAUUCAAAUUUGAAAUUUGGUGUUAAGCUCAUCUGUAUUAUUAUUAUGCGUAUUUAUUGUAUGUUUGUAAAUGUUUUCGCCAAAUUGGAUUGUAAACUGUUUGUUUGUAAACAUUCCGUAAACAUUUUGAAUAAAAAUUGGUUAUUUUAGAUGUACAAA